AUGGCAAUCCGAGACGAGCUGGAGAACAGCCUGACAUCCCCACAGGACCGCUGCCUGUUCGCCCUCGAACAAGCCCGGUGUAUUUCGAACCCGCUGAAGCGCAUUCCCGUGAUUAAGACCGCUUUUCGGCAUUUGCCGCCGGUUGUCCAAGAGAGCGAUGUCCUGCCGACUUCGGCGGAAGCGACCGAGCCGCAGAAGGCUGCCCCCGUCCGCGGCGUCUUUACCACGUGUCGCUCGACGGUUCAGCUGUACCGAGAGCUCUUGGAGCUGUGCAUGCAGGAUCUAAGCGCCUCCUUGUACGCCGUGGCGAUGGCGGUGGCCGAGGCGCUGCGGGGACUUCCUUACCCUGUAUCGGGUGCCGGGAACACCGAAAUCGAAGAGGUACGAGCCGCAGCCUCCUUACACGCUGCCACGAUCCUUGCGCGGCAACUAGAGGAGGCAGAGCCGCACCGGUCACAGAAGGACGCGCGGUCAGCUGAGUUAGCGAAGCCGAGAAUCGCCGCUACGGAGGUCAGUGAGGGAUGCUUGGCUGCUCUCCUGCUCGAGGCAGCCCAACGUGGAGCAGAGCUGGAGUGCCGGCGCAGCGGCAGCGGGAGCUGGAUUGCCGCAAACGCGUGUGUGGCGUUCCUCAACUGGAAGAGACCCGCAUACGCACGUGGUGAGUACCGUGCCCACCUGCUCGAACUGCUGGACCUACAGAAGCUCUACAUCGCUCUUUUUGAGCAUGACCAGGUGCAGGACGUGGAGCUGCUCUCCGCCCUCACAACGUCGUCUGUGAUCGGUCUCGUGGCCGAAUAUCUUGAAACCACAAAACCUCCGCCAGGGUUAGAGGGGUUGCCGCUGGCGAAGCAAAUCAGCAGAGACGGCUUCGAGGCACUCGUGCAGCGCCUCCGCGCAUGCGCGUACUGCGAGCCCUCGAACGCGCAGCUUCGCCACGCGCAAGUCAUGUGCCUCGAGGCGUUGCACAUCAUCCCAGUAAUGAAGCAGAAGUGGUUCCUUGCAAUGCUAUCCCCUGCCCUAGCGCGGCUUGUCGGUGACAAGCCGACGUUCGCCUUACACCCACAGGAGCAUCUUCUCGUCCUCCUCGGUAUACUUGCUGGGCCGUCCGGGAUCUCUGAGAAAACUACUCUUCUCAUCAACGAUGCUCGCCCGCUGCUGCGCAAGGACCCGUGCGUGCGUCUGUGCGCUUGGGUCGCCGCCAUGGCAAUGCAGCUGCGGCAGGAGGAUGUGGUGCUGGAGUGCUGCGAGGUAGCAGAUCGACUCUAUGCCUGCAAUCAACUUGGAUGGGGCUCCAUGUUCGAGGCGCAGCAGCCGUCCUCCCCCAGCGGUGCUGCCUCUGCAGUGGUCAGCAAAGCAACGGACAGCAGUAGUCACAAAAAGGCGCCAGGGGAGCCGGUACCGCUGCAGCUCGAUGUGCCGCCCACGUUCCCGAAGCCGGACGCGGAGGAUUGGGAGGCCUAUGCUGAGUUGCUCUCCCUCAAGGCACAGAUCGGCGCCGAGCACCUCAACGGGCUCAACGGCAAUGCACGAAACCGUGCCGUACAGCUGCUCUUAACGAACUGCGUGAACUCGGCUAUCGCAGCGAUGCAGGGUCCACCCGCAUCCAAAGUGGAGCGCAUCACGAACGCAUACGGUCUCUACUACACCUUUCUCCGAACCACCCGCAUUUCACUGGAGACUGCGACGUUUGUGCUGCCAAGUUUGCGAAUGCUGCUGUCGAAGGCGCUGCUGGCGCAACUCCCAAAGCGCAGCUGGAGCGACUCCUUUACUACUGUUGUUUAUCAGCUAAGCUGCGUCCUUGUGUACGUAUCCUUUUCGAGUGAGCAGGAGGAUGACGCCAACCAGUUAGUUGCGCUGCUGCGCCCGCUGCGUGAGUUGCUGCCCCCUCGCUAUCAAAAGUCCCUCAAGGAUCGGGAAGUGGCCGAGAUGUGCUACCGCACCUCGUCCGUCGACGACUUCCUGCAACGAUCCAAAAAUGUGGAGGCAGAGCUGCAGGCGCGCGGAUGGAUGAUGUUGUCCGAGACAUCUGCGAACGCCAGCGGCGAAGCAGAGACAUUUGCGCUGGCACUGACCGCCUCGAAAGGCAACCCCCUUGUCACAGCACAGUGCCUGUUCGAGCAUGCGUACGCAACAACAUUGAGGCGGGGAGACUCUACUCCGCUGGCACAGGUGACUCGUCACCUGCAAGAAGCGCUGCGCGCCCUCGAAGGGCUCCCUGAGGCGGUGCCUCUUCUGCAAAGCGGUGAGGAGACGCAGCGCUGGAACGCUACUCUGGCCGCCGCGUCACGCACUGCUACGUUCCUGCACUCGCAGACACAGCGCCGCCUCGCCCUGGACAGCGACUUGGCUGGUGAGGCGGUAGUAGCACCUGAUGCUGAGCGACGUGCCGCCGUGCUGAAGGCAUCCAUGAAGUCGCGCGCGACGAGAACUACAGGAGUCACUUUCCAUCACGCAUUUCUGGGGUUGCGCAUCGUCUCGCUGCUCUUCAGGACGAUGGGGACUCAUGAUGUGUUCGAUGUUGGGACAGCAUCUGCCCAGCGAGCACAGCACACUACGGUCCCUGCAUCGCGCCGCGACUGUGUUAACGUCAUGCUCGACUACAUCUCGUGUCUGUGGCACCUCAGCGCAAAGUGGCUGUGCGAAGACACCACGGACGAAGACGCGGUGAUCCUAAAGCUACCGGCCGCUAACUCGCUUUACUACGGUUACGCGGAGCCGUCGGCAGCUGCGCAGCGUCUGCGUGGUUGUGUGCCGGACGAGGAGUUCAAGCUCAACACGGAGGGCCUCUGGCAGUGUUUGCUGGAUCUGGGCGACUACCUCGCACGCACCGGGGAUGAGCCGCACGCGUUCAUGGUCUACUCGUGGGUGCGGUUUGCCGCCGCACUCACCUUUGGUGAUGCCAGGGGCGACUCGCGCUGCGCGCUCGUUCAGCGUCUCUGCAACUGGAAAAUGUGCGCGGCAGCCGCCUCGAGCGGCCUCAGCGACUCCCCAUAUGUGGCGGCGCUCACCCUACUGACCGAUACCAGAUUCCUUGUCGAGGAGGCAGUGAAAAGGGAUGUGGAGGGCAAGCGUGUGUCGCCAUCGUGGGAGGCGGCAGUGGUGGUGGGCGAGUGUGAGAUUCGCGUACAUCUCGGUCAAACCGAAGAAGCGGCCACCUUGGCCGAGGAUGUGCUGUGCCGUGGGCUGGAGUGCGCAAGCUGGAAUGCGCCGGUCACCCGAGCACGCGCCCUUCGCGUCCGCGCUCGCUACGCGGCAAUUUGCUCGCGGUACGGUGAUGCUCUGCGCACCCUCCAGCAGGCGUUUGAGUUGAUUGGCGUCUCCACCCUUUCCACCGCCCCCACCGUCAUCUCAGUUCGUCUUUGGACAGAGCUCUGUAGCGAUCAACUUACUCUGCUAAUCGAUGCCCAGUCUACCGCCGAGGCAGUUCAGUGGGCUGGUACGGUGCGCCAGCAGCUACAUCAGUGGCGCGCGGCUUCCGCUGCCGGUGCAACGCAGGCCGAUACCCCCCAUGCUGCAUGUGUGCGUGCAGAGGUGGAGGACGUUCUCGAGUUCUGGGUGAGCCAUAUCAUCACCAUAGUAGAGCAGCAACCUCCACUCGCAGAUGUGAUAGGGUACCAAGUGGCCUACUCCUCUCAAGCGCAGCGUCGUAUCCCCAUCGAGGAACUGCUGCGUGAGGUCCUCCUUGUCGCGGAGGGCUCCACGACGCUGCACAGCCGUCUGUACACUACCCACGCCCAGUGGCAUCUGCGGGACCGUGUGACGCCUCAGUGGCUGACGCAGCACAGCGCCAAUGUAAAUGACGUGCGGGCGCGGUUGCUGGUGCUUCUGGCAGAGAUGCAAGUGUUGGACGAACUGUCGCUUCAUCUGCAGAAUAUGCCCACCUCUCGCGAUGUAGAAGUGGACUCGGCCAGACAAGCCGAAGUCCGCGACGUCCUAGUCACUGGUAUGUCCUUCUGGCGAGGCACUCUUUUCUACUGGACCGCCAUCGACCGCCUUGAAGCGAGCGAACUUGUGUCGUGCCUGCUCGUCGCCUUUCAGCAUCUCUCCAUGGAGGAACUUGGGCUGCCGACGUCGAAUGCCCCGGCCCACUGCGAGAGGGAGGUACUGCGGUUCAUCCGUGGCGCGGCGUCAUCGCCGUCGCUCGCCGCCACGGCUGAAGGAGUACCCAAAACGGUGGUGCAGGCGGUCAAAGUCGGCGCGCGGUGGAGCAGCGACGUCGCGCAUGAAGCUGGAGUUCUCCAGCAAGCACUGCAGUACUACAAUGUGACUGAUCCCAGCGCCCAGGCCAUGUUAGAGGUAUCUGCUGUUCCCGCGCUGCUGGAAAAGGCCGCGAUCCAUUGCCGUCAGUGGCCACACACCCGUCUGGCGGCAGCGAUCUUGGUGGCUGUGGCGCAGGUAGAGAUGCUUCAACGGGUCGAGAAUCAGCUGGAACAGUUAGACGAUCUUCUCAUCGAAGAGCAACAAGCGCGAGCGCAGGCGCUGCUCACGGCAGCGUGGAGCCGUGCACGGCUGCUCCCGGCUCGCAUUGAUAAGCCCGGGAUCCGCACGCAUAAGAGCACUGGAGCAGGGAAAAAGUGCAGCCUCAACGAACCUAGCCCGACCGCAAUGGCGCCCCCACUGACGGAAGAGGAGGAGGCUCUUGUGCAGCGCAUUUCUCUCGGAAUCCAGGUGGCGGUCCUUCACGGGCACUUCGACAUGGCCGCUCAGCUAAGCGACAAGCUUGGCCAUCUUGCGGUUCUCUUGCAUCACCCUUGCAUUGCGGCCGCUGCGGCCGAGUGCACACAAGCGAAUCAGCUCGUGGGGUUUCUGUGGCGCCGCUGCGUGCACGAGAUGAGAGACAGCGCAGAGGGACGCUUGUGGCGGCAGAUGCAGGCGGUGCAGCCGCUCUUUACCAACUGCACUUCGUACACGCAGCUGGCCCACCAGGUCAUGGCUGCGACGCCUAUGGAGCGCGCCUUACGCAGCUGCAGCUUGCUGUGUGUGGAGCCAGGGAAGAAGCUGGCAGAGGUCUCGUCGACGCCGCCCGCAAAAGGAGGCCACAUAACGGAGGUGUCGCCGUACGCCAUCGAUAGCGCUGUUCUCUCGGUCGCCGUGGGCAGCUGCUGGACUGGCUUCUGCAUUGUUACGCUGCGCCACCCAAGCGGCGCUGUGGAAGGGCGCCGCAGAUACGUCCCUCAGCAAACGUGGGCCGCGCUCACUGAUGCGCUGCAGAGAACCGAGGCUCGCAAGCAAGAGCAGCUGGGCAGCACGGAUGAUAUGCGUGUCAGCAGUGCAGAGGAGCGCGUAACGGCAGAGGACCUCUCGAAUGUGCUGAAGGAGCUGAACGCCGUGGCGGGUGAACUGUUUGGGGAGUUUCAAGCAUCCUUGCAGCAGUAUUGUGAAAAGACGCCGCUUUACCUGUGUCUUGCCCCUGAGCUGCAGUCGUUUCCAUGGGAGCAAACGUGCGUGCUGAGCUGCUGCCCUGUGGUGCUACGGGAGUUGGGGGCUGCUGUGGUGGUGUCGCGGAUUCGCGAAUUUCAACGUUACGGUAAGCGCGCGUUGCAGCACACGCAGAAGCCGGGUGGAUCUUCCUCCACAAAAGGCGCCUCUUCGGGGUCCCUCGUGUGUCUCAUCGACGUGUUUGGUGAUCAUCCCGAGUCGGUCGCCGCCACCUGCGGCACGGACCACACCAAGUCGAAGGUAUCCCCGCAGUGUCUUGUGACAUGCAGCUCAGCCGGGGUGCCACCGGAUGCCGAGUACUUGACGUGGAUGCUGCAAAAUGCCGCCCCGGGCGCGCUUGUGGUGAACAUGUGCGGGAACUUGACUGAUGCCUUGCCGUGGUCCGAUCUUGCCUCCCUCAACUUUACCCAACUGAACGGCGCCGUGCUCGCCGAUGGCGCCUCCAAUGCGAGCUCACAGCAGCGUGAAGAGCGACUUCGCAUAUCAGCCUUGGUGACAGGGAUAGGCAAGACUGCCAGCCCGUCGCCGUACCCACGAUGGAUGACGGCUGCGCUCUUCCUCUUGCGUGGAGCGAAGUUCGCGGCCGUCAACGCCUUUGCAUGUAGCCCCUCCGUGACGGAUGCGCUGGCUCGCCGCUGCCUCUCCUCGGUCUCUUCAGGAAAAGCGCUUGUGGAGCAGCUGCGAGGGAAAUCGGGGGACGCCAAGACGCCGUUUGUGACGCUGUACGGCAUUCUCGGCAGCGGAUCCUUCAAGUCCAAGUCAUAG